CCUCUUGUCUGACCACCGGUAGCUGCUGCCACCAGCCUCUGUCACCUGCUUCAGGCCUGUCACGGUGCCACCUCUCAGCAGGGGCAGCAGAAUGAAAGAAGGGAUGUCCAAUAACAGCACCACCAGCAUCUCCCAAGCCAGGAAAGCGGUGGAGCAGCUGAAGAUGGAAGCCUGCAUGGACAGGGUGAAGGUCUCCCAGGCAGCAGCGGACUUGCUGGCGUACUGUGAAGCCCACGUACGGGAAGACCCCCUCAUCAUCCCAGUGCCUGUGUCAGAAAACCCCUUCCGAGAGAAGAAGUUCUUUUGUACCAUCCUGUAA